UGUGCGAGAAUCGAUAGUUACGUUAGCCAGCCUUUAAAAUAGGUUAGGUUGCCCAGUCAGUUAUAUUUGGUGUUUAUAAAGUGUACCUCAAACCGGCAGAAUGGAAAUAGAAUUGAUCGAAUUAAAAGAUAUAAAAGCAACACCGGACAUAAUACAUUCAUAUCCGCAACGAGUGAAGUCAGAAUGCACAUCGCUCGUUAUUGACAAUGGAUCCUACAAUUGUAGAGUCGGCUGGGCUACCGAGAAGGAGCCACAAUUAAUGUACAAAAAUCUCAUAGCAAAACCACGCAAAGAACGUGGUAAGAAAGAUGGGGAACCUCAAGUGGGAAACGAUAUUGCAAAUAUCGAAGCUGUGAGAUUUCAGUUGAAAACCCAGUUUGACCGAAAUGUAGUAACUCAUUUCGAGGCUCAAGAACAAAUAUUCGACUAUACAUUUACACACAUGGGUAUAGACACUGAAGGAAGUGUAAAUCAUCCGAUUAUUUUGACUGAAGCAUUCCUCAAUCCUAAUUAUUCACGCAACUUAAUGGCAGAAUUGUUAUUUGAAUGCUAUAACGUGCCAUCUAUAGCGUAUGGAGUUGAUUGUUUAUUUUCAUACCAACAUAAUAACUGUCCACCUGAUGGUCUGAUAGUUAGUAUAGGAUAUCAUACAACUCACAUAAUACCCAUAUUGGAUGGAAAAGCAGAUGCCAUGAAUGCGAGAAGAAUCAAUGUUGGUGGAUAUCACAUCACAUCAUAUAUGCAUAGACUCCUUCAAUUAAAAUAUCCAGUACAUGUUAAUGCAAUAACGCCUAGUCGUGCAGAGGAAUUGAUACAUGAAUACUCGAUGAUUGCUUUAAGUUAUCAAGAAGAAGUUUCCAAGUGGGCAGAUGUUGAUCACUAUGACUCAAAUGUCUUAAGAGUGCAACUACCAUAUAUUGCUCCUACUGCUGCUCCUGGUUUAACACUGGAACAGCAAAAAGAAAGAAAACGGGAAUUAGCACGAAGAUUGAUGGAAAUCAAUGCCAGGAAGAGGGAAGAAAGAUUAGCUGAAGAUGAGGAACAGCUUAAUCAACUAUUAGCAGUUCAAGACCUCCUAGAGGAAGGUGAACUCGAUGAAUUUGAUCAAGCAUUAAAGUCUUAUUCUCUUGCAAAUGAAGCUGAUCUAAUAAAAAUGAUAAAUAAUUUACAAGCGAAAGUAGAAAGAACUAGACAAAAGAUUGUUGCUGCUAACUCGCAAGAGGAAAAUAUUGUGAUGGAAGAGCAAAAACCUAAAAUAAAAUCGAGCCUUCAACCGAAGGAUCAACAAGAUUUCGAUGAGUGGAUUGCUGGAGUUAGGAAAAAAAGACAAGAAAUAUUAGACAAACGUAUGGCGAAGAGACAACGAAGGCAAGACAUGGCGAAACGAAGAACAGCCGCCGCACAAGAAAGAAUGCGCAUAAUUAGCCAAUUGGCAAGAAAAGAAAAACGCGAUGACGAUUUUGGUAUGCGAGACGAAGACUGGGAUGUAUACAAAGUUAUAAAUAGGGAAGGUGGCGAUUCAGAUUCGGAAUUAGAGCAGGAGAAAUUAUUGGAACUAGAAGAUGUUUUACGUCACCAUGACCCGGAAUUUGAUAGUGCUGGUUCCAAUGUCCCAAUGGUUCCCGGAGAAACUCAUCAACUUCAUGUAGGCGUGGAGCGUUUACGUGCACCGGAAUUACUGUUUCAACCAUCUAUGGUUGGUUCCGUAGAGGCCGGUAUUGCCGAGACCAUCGAAUAUGUCUUAAAACAAUAUUCGGCCGAAGAACAAAAUCGUUUAGUCAGCAACGUAUUCCUCACCGGUGGACCAACAGCUUUUCCGGGUUUAUUAGAGAGAUUAAAGCGCGAACUACGCGAAAUGAGACCGUUCGGAUCAAAUUUUCAAGUGAACAUCGCGAAAAACACCAGUCUGGACGCCUGGUAUGGUGCAAGAGAUUUCGGUUUGAAUGGUAAUCUUCCCGAGUAUUUAGUCAGCCGCAAGGAAUACGAAGAGAAAGGCGGGGAGUAUUUCAAGGAACACUCGACGAGUAAUACUUACACUCGAUCGCCCGAUCCUUUGCCGAUGAUACAAACACCUGUGACGUCCGAGCGAGAAGUGAUCGUAGAAUGGAAAGCAAGUGAUGCUGUGGUCGAUGUGGAAAUUGAAUAAGAGGUAACAUAUAAUUACAUACUUCGAAUAUAAUUGAAAUAUUGUAUGACUAUAGAUAAUAUAUGAUCAAGUAGAAAAACAUGUAAGCAUAUUGUUCUCAGUAUUUACAUUUUCAUCAAGUAAAUAUUAUCAAGCAAUGAUUGUACAUAAAGUGUGAUUUGAUUAUAAUGUACAUACAGAGGGCGAUUGAUUUUACGCUAAAUGGAUAUCAGUAAAAGAUAUGACCAACUACUGUUCAUGGAUAUCUA